AUGGCAACACUCUGCGGCAUGCAAAGCAAGCCGGAACAUUGCCGUGGCAACCCAACAACCGCACUCUCUCAGCUCGUGGGAGGAGAGAACAGUACCUGCAGCUGCUGGAGUGGAGAUUACAGUUCUGGACCACCGGACCACCGGACCACCAGGGGAUUAAGAAUCCUCGCUCCAUACCCACAGGAUCAGAAACAUCUUGGUGAUGCUCAUAAAAAGCUCCAAGACUGCAAUAGAAAAACAGAAAUUCUCCAACAAAAACCUUUGGAUAAAGCAACACCUGCAAUAAGUCCAUUGGAGCAGCGCAUUGAGGAGUUGAGCCACCGUUUCGUGAUUGAGCGUGCCGUGGCUGAAGGAGCCAAAUGCGCCGUCAAGGCAUUACAUCCCGGGAAAGAACUUGUUCAGGCUCAAGCAGCACUACACGAGUCAAAUGAAAAGCUGGACCUCCUCAAAUAUGCCUUGGAGGAACGAGUGAAAGAACUUCCUCGUGGCCAUCCCAGGAAGUGUAUUACCACCGAGGAGCUGUCCCUUGACUCUGUGCAGAGCCAAUUUGGAACAAGGCCCCAGCCCACUGCACUAACAGGCACCCUGGAAUUGCGACUCAAGGGCUGUCUAGAUAUUCUGGAGAAUGUACCUAGCAGACUAAAGGACCUGUCACAUGUUAUCCCUGGCAGGAGUCCGCGUCGAGGAAGAUUCUCAUUUAUGAACAAAAUAAGAAGAAACAACCUCUGUGCUCAGUUGAAGAUUGACCACAUUUUAAAGGGUUCUACAAGUUGGAAAACUGUGUCUAAUCCAUCCUGGGAUGAAACUUUUAAACUGGAUUUGAAUAAGUCUCGAGAACUAGAAUUAUCAUUGUACUGGCAUGACCGGAGAUCACUGUGUGCCACCAAGACUCUGAGGUUAGAAGAAUUUCUGGUCAACCAGAAACAGGAACUGUGCCUACAGCUGGAGCCACAGGGCAUCCUUUUCAUUGAGGUGGAAUUUUCAUUUCCUUUACCCCAGAAAAGGACCAAACUUCAGAAGCUUAAGAAAUUGUUCUCCAUAAAAAAAGGAAAUACCAUCCAUCCAGCUGCAGAAAAUAUUGCAGUAAUUGACUCUCUUCUGUUGUCUGUAGAGGACACUGAGAGUGUGAAGCCAUCAAUACCCCUUCCAUUGGCAGUAGCGGACACUGACAGCUUGGAGCUUUCACCACCAGCUGUCACUUCCUUUACAGAAGAGAUCAUUAAACCAUCUCCAGAGGAAGAUACAAUAAUUGAUCCUCUUCCAUUGGCGGUAGCGGACACUGACAGCUUGGAACUAUCACCACCAGCUGUUACUUCCUUUACAGAAGAGAUCACUAAACCAUCUCCAGAGGAAGAUAAAAUUAUUGAUCCUCUUCCAUUGGCAGUAGCGGACACUUACAGCUUGGAGCUACCACCACCAGCUGUACCUUCCUUUACAGAAGAGAUCAUUAAACCAUCUCCAGAGGAAGAUAAAAUUAUUGAUCCUCUUCCAUUGUCAGUAGCGGACACUUACAGCUUGGAGCUACCACCACCAGCUGUCACUUCCUUUACAGAAGACAUCAUCCAACCAUCUCCAGAGGAAGAUAAUAUUAUUAAUUCUCUUUCAUUGUCAGUAGUGGACACUAACAGCUUGGAGCUAUCACUACCAGCUGUUACUUCCUUUACAGAAGACAUCAUCCAACCAUCUCUAGAGGAAGUUGUAAUUAUUGAUAAUGCUCCACUGCCAGUAGCGGACCCAGAGAGUGUGGAGCAAUCACCUAGAGCUGACGCUGCCAUUAUAGAAGAGGCUAUUGAACCACUUCCAGAGGACAAUGAUGCUCUUUCAUUGACAAAAGAGGACUCAAAAAACCAAGAGCCAUCAUCACCAACUAGGAGAGGUGUAUGCAUAAUUUCAAAUAUUUUCUUUUUUAAACUUGUUCUUUUUCUUUGCAGUAUUGUGCAAAUAGCUGACCUGACCCUUCAGGAUUUUGAUUGUCUCUCUGUGCUGGGCCAAGGAAGAUUUGGAAAGGUCCUGCUUGCCAAGUACAAGUAUACAAAGUCCGCAUUUGCAUUAAAAGCUUUGAAGAAAAAAGACAUCAUUGCAGAUCAUGCUGUCCAUAGGCUUGCAGAUGAGAAGUACAUCAUGCAGAUCGUAAGCAGCAUACGACACCCUUUCCUUGUUAAUCUCUUCGCAAGUUUCCAGACUCCAGAUUAUGUCUGCUUUGUGAUGGAGUAUGCUGCUGGUGGAGACCUUCUAGCAAAUAUUAAGAAAAACAACUUUUGCCCAUUUUCAGAAAACAAAGCUAUGUUCUAUGUUGCAUGCUGUGUGCUGGGCCUAGAAUUCUUGCACAAAGCCAAUAUUGCUCACAGAGAUAUCAAACUGGAAAAUAUUGUUAUCGACAAGCACGGAUAUGCCAAAAUCACAGACUUCGGUCUUUGCAAAGAAGGGAUGGGAUACAGAAAUCGAACCAGAACAUUUUGUGGCACCCUGGAUUAUAUGGCACCUGAAAUGGUUAUGAGAAGAUCAUACACAAGAUCUAUCGACUGGUGGAGUCUUGGCGUUGUUACUUACAUGAUGCUGACUUCAGCGUUACCCUUCCCAGGUGAUGACAGAAAAGAGGUGAUGAGUCAAAUAGUCUACACUGAAUCCUACUAUCCGGAGUUCCUAUCUGUGGAAGCAGUCUCAAUAAUAAGAGGUCUUUUAAAUAAAAAUCCCAGAGCCCGUCUCGGUUCCAGCAAGGAUGACUCCAUGGAUUUGAAGUUACAUCCUUUCUUCGAAGACCUAAACUGGUAUGCGUUGCUGUGCAAAAUGAUCAAACCACCAUAUGUGCCAGAGAUCGCCCGACUAGAUGACGUUAGUAACUUCGACAGAAGAUAUACAUCACAGGCCCCCAUUUUACUACCAUCAGAAGAGCCACUGACAGCUGAAGAGCAAGAUCUGUUCCAAGGUUUUGACUGGGAGGUCGACUAG